CUUCUGUCAAGUAUACACUCACACCUUCAGAUACACCUUGAAUACACUAUUUGGAGACUCAGUAGGCACCAAACUCAGGCACCAUGAAGAUAGCAGUGGCUUUUCUUUUAGUGGCUCUAAGCAGUUGCUUUGAUUCUUCUACUGCUACUUUAGAUCCUGAGCUGGCGAAAUGCUUAAACGCACUUGUGCAGAAAGACCUACCUGGAACUGUGGACAAGCUCAUAGAUAUACUAUGUCUUUACCAACAAGGAAAGGAUGAAAAUAAUUCGGAAUUAUUCAGACAGUUUCUUACACAACUGGAUACAUUACUGGCUACAGGAGGCUGUUCCCUUGAUAAAAUUCUGGGCACACAAGAUGUUCUGCAAACUUCUGCUGAUAAAAUUGGGGAUGUUGCUCGUAGUGUUGGACAGAAGCUCCUUGAUACUCUGGCUACUAUUCCAGUUCUUGGAACAGUUUUCAAUGGAAUAUGUCCAACGGGCAAAAGCUUGCAAGGUCUAUUGGGAGACGUUACUAAAGUAAUUGGCGGAUUGGGUUUCAAGCGCUAAACAUGUCUACGCUGCUAAUGGGUCGCUUGAUUUCUUUCCAUGACCAGCGUAGCCAGCUAAUAAUGCCAGCCAUAAUGCUGCAUACUUUUGUCUUUUGAAGUUCUCUUUGAAAUGACUGCUUGCAAAAUGUAAUCGCCUUAAUAAUUACCAAUAAACUGCAUCUGAAAAAAG